UGCACAUGACAUCACCGUGCCUGCAAGAGGGCAAGCACUCGUCAAGACUGACCUCGCAGUCGCCAUUCCCCUGGGGACUUACGCUCGAGUGGCUCCUCGCUCUGGCCUCGCCCUGAAGCAUUCCAUCAACGUGGGAGGCGGCGUGGUUGAUUACGAUUACCGAGGAAAUGUGGGAGUGAUUCUCUUCAAUCAUUCUGACAACGACUUCCCUGUGAAGGUCGGCGACAGAGUUGCACAGCUGAUCCUAGAGCGAAUAAUGACUCCUGAUGUUGUGGAGGUGGAAGAGCUGGAUGAGACCACACGGGGUGCUGGAGGGUUCGGCUCCACAGGUGGCAGUGACGCUUUGAAGCAUACAUAG